UACUGUCGCACCUAGUCUUCUCGUCCCGCAGACGCCGUGCAGACAUGUCCGCCGAAGAGACUUUCCCGCUAGCCAGAGCUGAGCUCAUAGCGCUGUUUCUCGAGUCGAUGAUGUUUGGGGCGUUCACGGUGCUCUAUGCCAUCGCCAUCUGGAUUCUGCUAUACAGGGAGAAGGUCCGGGGCAGAUCUACACUCAACAGGGCGCUCUUCGGUACCACAACAAUCAUGUGGUUGCUCUCUGUCGCGCAUCUUGCGAUAGAUGUCACGCGUGCUAUUAAGGGCUUUGUGGAGUGGGGCGGGUCGCCGAACGGGACCAACGACUUCUACGCACGGAUCAGCGACCCGACUUUCGUCGCGAAGAACGUCGUCUACAUCACCAUGACCCUCGUUGCGGACUUCUUCGUCACGUACCGGUUGUUCGUUGUGUGGGGUCGUGUCUGGUGGAUCCUCAUUGGGCCUUGCAUCUUGCUCCUCGCGACCGCAGUGGCCGGGUACGGCGCUUGUGUGGAGAUUGGCCUGGCGCAGGAAGGCAACGCCAUCUUCGCGGACAACCUUCAGCCGUGGAUCCGUGCAUUCUUCUCGCUGUCUUUGACCACCAACCUAUUGGCUACCUUGCUGAUCGCCGCGCGCAUCAUGUGGUCGAACCGGCGUGUGCGCAAGUACCGUGCUAACGGGGCAGCUGUGGGCUCCCACUGGGAGGUCGUCGAGACGAUGAUCCAGUCCGCCGCCGUCUACUCCGCCGCGCUCGCUUCACUCUUGGGCACGUACCUUGCUGGCUCGAACGCACAGUACAUCUGCGUCGACAUUCUGCAGCCCCUCAUCGGUGUGGUGUUCACGCUCAUCAUCAUCCGUGUCGGACUCGGGUACACCAUGAACGACUCCGUCAGUGGUGGCGGUGCGGGCGGGAACAUCUCCGACCGUGCGGGUCCUGCCUCGCACCUGCAGACCAUUGGUGGACACGCCUACCCUCUCCAGCCGGUCGCGAUCAAUGUCUCCGUCAGCCGCACGCACGAUCGGGCGAGCUUCGAUGGCUUCGACCAGAAGGGCGUCCGGCAGGACAUCAGUGACGUCGAGAGCGGCAAGGCACCAUCGGAGUGAGAGCGACUCGCUCGCCCACCUACAGCAUCCGCCCCCUUCCGAGCUUCGACGGAGCGCGAUUGAAUACUAGGUUGUAUUUAUCUCCGCUGCAGCCGGGGCGCGCGCUCCGAAGGGGGCACAUCGCGCCGCGCUCGAAUCCUGUACGAUAGGUGAUGCAUGCGGGCGGGGCUACCUCCUCACCCCGCCCGCCGCGCCGCUGUCAGUGUCUAUACCAAAACCUUCACUGGAUGCCGCCGUCUCUCCCCUCUCUCGCCGUUGCGUCGGCUGGCCUCCGUCCGCUCGUUUCGUUCAUCGCUUUGUAUCCGUUCUUUCUGCAACACACUCUGGCUUCACGCUUGCCCAUCGUCGUAUCCUUUAGUCGCUCAUGCUGUGGCAUUUCCGCUCUCAGUGUAUCACCCCAACUCUUUCAGCGCAUGGCGCGCGUCGAUGAGCACUUCGAGGGCCUCGACGCGUAGGAUCGCGCAUUCGUAGUGUAGAUAUUGACGAACCAUACGUGUUAGAGUUAAUUGUAGAGAUAGGGAACAUACACGCCGUUAACGUAACUUGCCUCUAAU